AUGGCAGACAGAUCUAUCAAGAAGCCAGUUGGGGUUAUAGAUGAUGUGUUGGUGCAAGUGGGUAAGUUCAUGUUGCCUGCUGAUUUCGUUAUUCUGGAUUAUGCGGUGGAUAGAGAUAUUCCCAUCAUCUUGGGAAGACCGUUCCUUGCUACGGGCAGAGCACUUAUGGACUCUGAAAAGAAUGAAAUUAAGUUCCGAGUGAAUGAUGAAGAAGUGACUUUCCAAGCAAGCAAGGGGAUGAAGUUGCCAAGCGCUUAUGAGAGUAUCUCGGUUAUUGAUUCGUUUGAUGGGAUUGAUGAUGCUGUCGAACAUAAAAUGGAAGAAGAAAGUCUGGGAGAAGCUCUUGCUGCGGUUCUGAUGAACUUUGAUGCUUAUGAUAUGGAGGGCUACGUGAAAACUAUAAAUGCGCUUGAGGGUCUAGUUUCCUACACUUACCACCCAAGAAAGCUUGAUCUUGAUCUUGCAAAUAGAACUACUCCACCAGCUAAGCCUCCUAUUGUUGAACCACCAAAACUUGAGCUUAAGCAGCUCCCAUCACACUUGAGACGUGCUAUUGGUUGGACCAUAGCAGACAUUUGGGGUAUUCCUUCUGUUUUUUGUGAGCAUAAAAUUCAGCUAGAGGAGGACAUCAAGCCAAGUGUUGAACAUCAGUGGAGAUUGAACCAGAACAUGCAAGAGGUCGUGAAGAAGGAGAUCAUAAAGUGGUUAGACGCUGGGGUAGUGUAUCCGAUUGCAGACAGCAAAUGGGUGAGUCAUGUUCAAUGUGUACCAAAGAAAGGAGGUAUCACGGUGGUGCCUAAUGUAAAGAAUGAGAUGAUUCCCACUCGUACAGUUACUGGAUGGCUUGUUUGCAUGGACUAUAGGAAGCUGAAUACUGCCACUUAUGGAUACUCGGGCUAUAAUCAGAUCAACAUUGCCCUAGAAGACCAAGAGAAGGUGACUUUUACUUGUCUUUAUGGGACAUUUGCAUUCAGCCGAAUGCCCUUUGGGUUGUGUAAUGCACCAGCCACUUUUCAGAGGUGCAUGAUGUCGAUUUUUUCUGACAUAGUAGAGGACUUCUUGGAGGCAUUUGAUGAAUUAAAGGAGCGCCUCACUACUGCUCCUAUUAUUGUUACUCCUGAUUGGUCCUUGCCCUUUGAGUUGAUGUGUGAUGCUAGUGGUUUCAUGGUAGGUCCUGUGCUUGGGCAGAGGCACAAUAAAAUUAUGCACCUGAUCUACUAUGCUAGUAGGACACUUAAUGCAGCGCACAUGAACUAUACGGUGACUGAGCAAGAACUGCUUGCAAUAGUAUAUGCUUUUGAGAAUUUUCGGUCCUAUUUGCUGGGGUCCAAGGUUGUGGUGUACACUGACCAUGCUGUAUUGAGGUAUUUGAUGGAAAAGAAGGAAGCUAAGCCGCGACUGAUUCGUUGGGUCCUUUUGUUACAAGAGUUUGAUUUCGAGGUAAAAGAUCGAAAGGGAUCCGAAAAUCAGGUCGCAGAUCAUCUCUCUAGGCUUGAGGAAACUGGGGUGCCAGCAGAAGAACUUGAUAUUGAAGAUGCAUUUCCAGAUGAGCAAGUUUUGGAGGUUUCUAUGCAAGUGGCACCUUGGUAUGGGUAUUUUGCUAACUACUUGGUGACUGGUGUCAUUCCUGAUGAGAUCAAAUCUUAA